UUCCUUGAACCAAGAGAGGGCUAGCAUGGAGACCGCGGCACAGUCCCUCGUGGGCAAUGUUGGGCAGCUGCUGAGUGAAGAGUACCGGCUGCUCUCCAGCGUCGGCGGCGAGGUCACCGAGCUGCGCGACGACCUGGCCACCAUGAACGCCCUCCUCCGCAUGCAGUCCGAGGCCGACGAGGCCGCCGUGGACCACUUCGUCCGGGAGUGGAUGAAGCAGCUGCGCGAGCUCGCCUACGACGCCGAGGACAGCGUCAGCCUCUACAAGCUCCGCGUCAAGUGCCGCCAUGGAGACAACAUGUGGUUCAAGCUGAUGCACCUGGUGAGGACGCUCAUCCAGCGCCGCCGCCUCGCCGGCGAGAUCAGCGCCAUCCGCACCCGCGCCAUCACCAUCAGCGAGCGCCACGCGCGGUUCGGCGUCAACCGCGACGCGCUGCGCCGCUCCGCCUCUUUUGCUCCCGCGGUAGGGGUGCGGACCACGCCUGCGCUCCCCGCCAGCAACGGCCAAGAUCACAGCCGCCAGUUCGUCGACAUCGGGGACCAGGCUAGAACCCUAGCCGAGCGGCUGAAGGAGGACGAGGACUCCUUCAAGGUGUUCUCCGUCGUUGGCUUUGGGGGCGUCGGCAAGACUACCCUGACCGUGGAGGUCUGCCGGCAGCUGCAGGCAGAGUUUCCGUACCAAGCCAUGGUGCCUGUCUCUCAAGCGUUCGAGGCCACAAGGGAUCUCGAGAAGCUGCUGAACAGCAUUCUUCAGCAGGUCGUCAAGCCCCAAACGGACCGUGUGAAAGAGGUCCUGGAAGAGGCGACCGUUAAAAUCGACGACUUGGGACUCUAUCUCUCCGACAAGAGGUACCUCAUCGUGAUCGAUGAUGUAUGGACCAUACAUGCAUGGGAGGCAAUUCAAUUCAAGUUGGUAGAAGUACCGAACAAUUGCGGCGGUCGAAUCAUCGUGACCACCCGGAUAGAGACUGUCGCCGAUGCUUGCAGUUCUGCUAGUGUUACCGGACACUACACCUAUCAUAUGAAAGCCCUUGAGUUCGAGGAUGCCAAGAAGCUAUUCCUCGUCAAAACAUUUGGCAAGAUGGAUGCUGAUUAUCCUAAAGAGCUCAAGGUUGUAAUGGGCAACAUUUUAAAAAAAUGUGGCGGGAUGCCAUUGGCCAUUGUUAGUGUUGCUAACAUUUUGGCAGGGUACAGAUCAACGGGAAGCAAAGAAAAGUGGGAAACAGUAUGCAAAUUAAUUGGAUCGUCUCAGAUGGAGAGCAACCCUACACUUGAAGGGAUGAGGCAUAUAGUCGCACUGAGCUACAACCACUUGCCGCAUGAGCUCAAGGAGUGCAUGAUGUAUCUUAGCAUCUUCCCAGAAGAUUAUGAGGUCAACAAGAAACGGCUCCUGAGCAGGUGGAUUGCUGAAGGAUUGAUUCCGGAGAAGCGAGGCUGGACUCUUAUGGAGGUUGCAGAAUCCUGCUUGAAUGAGCUACUGAGGAGGAACAUGGUAGUGCCACGUAUUGGGCGUGGUGGGGAUGUGAAGUCAUGCCAGGUGCAUGACGUGCUUCUUGAGGUCAUGGUGUCCAAGUCCCUGGAGUCUAACUUUGUUAGCCUGUUAGGAGGGCAGUAUACAGGGAUGUCAUAUGACAGGAUCCGUCGCCUCUCCAUCCAAGGGGACGAUAGAAAGCCCGGCGAGCAGCAAGGACCUACCGACUCUGAGCCCAAGAAAAAGAAGAUGGGACGUCGUAACUCGAGGCAUGCUCUCCAGGGCAUGGAUGUGGUCCAUGUUCGAUCGUUGAGCAUGUUUCAGGUCGGAGCAGGAAACAGUAAUAAGCUGCUGGAUCACCUAGACAAGUUCACCUUGCUGAGGGUACUCGACCUGGAAGAUUGUGAGGGCCUAACAAAUGAUCAUAUGAAAUAUAUUUGCAGGUUGUACCUUCUCAAGUUCUUGAGCUUGAAGGGUACAGGCAUCAGCCAGGUGCCACCUCAAGUCGACAAGAUAGAGCAUCUGCAGACAUUUGAUGUACAGGACACCCGGCUUAAAGGGCUACCAAAGUCUGUGACCAACCUGGAGAAGCUCGAGCGUCUGCAGUUCUCCAGCAAGCAUGGGUGGGACGUUAUGUGGAGGCUGCCCCAGGGGCUCAGCAAGAUGAAGGGGCUACGUGAGCUGGACCAUGCAAUCCUCGAAAAUGACAUCGAGGUUGCCAAGGAGAUAGGUAAACUAGAGCAACUUCAAUAUCUCACUAUCUACAUCGACUCCUACAGCAUCGAUAACGCGGAGGUUCUCGAAUGCUUUGCAAAAUCCUUGAGUGAUCUGCACUCCCUCCGGUCUCUCCACAUAGGAGCCCUGGGUUGGACCAGCAUUAUGCAGUUUCUUCAUGAGCUCCCCACGCCGCCACGGCUUCUCCGGUACCUUGGGAUGCAAGGUGAAAUUGGUGGGCGGCUGCCCCACUGGAUAGGGUCACUCACAUACCUUAUUGAGAUUUGUAUUUGCUGGGCACGGCUUGAUGGUGACGAGCCAUUCGGCGUACUAUGUAAGCUGCCUAACCUGAAGAGCAUCUCUUUGAAUGCGAAGUACUACACUGGCGAAAAACUGAUUGCCAGCACCGGACACAACUUUCCGGCACUCGUCGACCUGUGUAUGUCCCCAUAUUGGUCUGAUGACCCAUUUCCUAAAGUUUUCAAGAUUGAGGCAGGAGCCAUGCCAAAGCUUGAGACCCUUAAAUUUGACUUCGAGACCUAUGAGAAGAGCAUCGUGGGCAUCGACCAUUUGACCAACCUGAGAGAGGUAGAGGUCACAACUGACAAGAGCAACUCUUCAGCAAGCCGUGCUCUGGAGCAGCUGAAGGCCGAGCGUGCGAGCCGCCCAGAGUCCAAACAGUUUCAAAUUGCAGUGAAAUAUCACUGAUCGGUUUCCACUGUCUUCGGUAUGUCAAGCUUUAUCGCCAAGUGUUUUUCCAAGGCUGCACAAUUGCACGUGUUUUCUUUUCAGUGUAUUUUCGAAUUUCAUCUUCAUUCAUCUAUCACAUUGUUGCAUAAGGCCUGAGCCGUGCUGCGUUCACGACGAGGCCAAAGGUUUAUUAGCUCGCCACGACGUGUGAACGCGUGGGAUGGCACGAGUUGAACACGCCAUGGCGAGAGGAUCGGGCAACAGCCCAUGUACCGCAUGUUCCGUGUUUUUAUAUAUACGAAAGAAAA